AUGAUCCUUGCAAUGGCAGUUAAGACCGUUUUUGUCACCUGUGGGGCAACAGUUCCGUUCCCACAGCUGAUCCAUGUUGUGCUGGGAAAAGCGCUCCUCGAACGGCUGUCGGAUGCCGGGUUUCGGAGAGUAAUCGUGCAAUAUGGUAAGGGCUACGAAGCAGAGUUUAGAAAGAGGCUAAAUGCUUUGGAAUGCGUUCCAGCAAAGUGCUCGCUUGCUGACAGCACACUGGGUAUAACAGCCACUGGACUGUGUUGCGGUUUCUACGCUCCCGGAGCGCUUGAGGUCAUAGGGUUGGAGUACUCGACUAGGGUGCAGGAUAUCGUCGGGCUUGCAGGCCUUGUGAUCUCCCAUGCGGGCACCGGAUCAAUCUUAGACUCUCUCCGCUCGGGGAAGCCUUUGAUUGUCUGCGUGAACGACAAGCUGAUGGACAACCACCAGCAGCAGAUCGCAGACAAGUUCAAGCAGAAAGGCUACGUUUGGGCUUGCAAGCCAUGUGAAUCUGAGGUAUCAGAGUGCUUGAGCAGAUCACAGAGUGAAACGCUCAUUCGGUUCCCUCAGGCGUACAGUGCUCGGUUUGAGAACGAUUUAAAGCGCUUGGCUUUCAGUUGA